AUGGUUGAAACUUCAUCAACCGUAAGAGAUAUUGAAUACGAAUCGUUGUCGAUUGACCUCAGGGGCCCUGACAAGAUUUCUGAACGCUGGCCAUCUCUUGUUUCCAUUGAGUUCGGCACCGUCGAUGCCAUCCUGCCCGUCGAAAACAGCGCAGAAGAGCUGUUUGUUUUCCACGGGAGCAAAGUUGCCCAAAGCAAAGUUGUCCCUGAGUCAAACGAUGAUACCGUGGUCGGUGGACCUUGGCUCAUUGCUGAAAAGCUUAAGGCCCUGGCCUCGACCAGGUAUGACACAAUUGAUGCUGCAAUGCCCGUUCCCAAAAAGCCUGGUGAAGCAUACAUCUUCCGAGGCACCAACUAUGUCAAAAUCAACGUGAAUACGCACAGAAUUGUGUAUGGUCCAGCAAUGAUUUCGGUCGAGUGGCCAGCCUUGACUGCCGCCGGAUCUGACUAUGUCGAUGCGACGCUCCCUGUGCCCCAGGACGACAGAAGGUUGGCCUAA